CUGCAAGGCGGCCACCAUGGCGCUCCUGCUGCGCUUCGUGCUCCUGUGCUGAGUCGCGGAUUUCACCAGAAGUUUGAGUAUCACUACUCCUGAGCAGAUGAUUGAAAAAGCCAAAGGGGAAACUGCCUAUGGGCCAUGCAAAUUUACGCUUAGUCCCGAAGACCAGGGACCACUGGACAUCGAGUGGCUGAUAUCACCAGAUGAUAAUCAGAAGGUGGAUCAAGUGAUUAUUUUAUAUUCUGGAGACAAAAUUUAUGAUGACUACUAUCCAGAUCUGAAAGGCCGAGUAUAUUUUAAGAGUAAUGAUCUCAAAUCUGGUGAUGUAUCAAUAAAUGUAACGAAUUUACAGCUGUCAGAUAUUGGCACAGAUCAGUGCAAAGUGAAAAAAGCUCCUGGUGUCGCAAAUAAGAAGAUUCAGCUGGUAGUUCUUGGUAAGCCUUUAGGUACAAGAUGUUACGUUGAUGGAUCAGAAGAAAUUGGAAGUGACUUUAAACUAAAAUGCGAACCAAAAGAAGGUUCACUUCCAUUACAGUAUGAAUGGCAAAAAUUGUCUGACUCACAAAAAAUGCCCACUUCAUGGUUAGCAGAAAUGACUUCGUCUGUUAUAUCUGUAAAAAAUGCUUCUUCUGAGUACUCUGUGACAUACAGCUGUACAGUCAGAAGCAGAGUGGGCUCUGAUCAGUGCCUGUUGCGUGUAGACGUUGUCCCUCCUUCAAAUAAAGCUGGACUAAUUGCAGGAGCCAUUAUAGGAACUUUGCUUGCUCUAGUGCUCAUUGGUCUUGUCAUCUUUUGCUGUCGUAAAAAGCGCAGAAAAGAAAAAUAUGAAAAGGAAGUUCAUCACGAUAUCAGGGAAGAUGUGCCGCCUCCAAAGAGCCGUACCUCCACUGCCAGAAGCUACAUAGGCAGUAAUCAUUCAUCCCUGGGAUCCAUGCCUCCUUCCAACAUGGAAGGAUAUUCCAAGACUCAGUAUAACCAAGUACCAAGUGAAGACUUUGAACCCACUCCUCAGAGUCCGACUGUCCCACCCGCUAAGGUAGCUGCCCCUAAUCUAAGUCGAAUGGGCGUGAUUCCUGUGAUGAUUCCCGCACAGAGCUAGGAUGGGUCUAUAGUAUAGAGCCUCCAUACGUCUCAUCUGUGCUCUCCAUGUUCCUUUCCUUUUUUUGAUAUAUGAAAACCUAUUCUGGUCUAAAUUUUGUUACUAGCCUCAAAAUAUAUCAAAAAAUAAGUUAAUCAGGAACUGUAAGGAAUAUAUUUUUAAAAAUUUUUGUUUGGUUAUAUCGAAAUAGUUACAGGCAUUAAAGUUAGUAAAGACAAGUUUACCAUCUGAAAAAGCUGGAUUUUCUUUAAGAGGUUGAUUAUAAAGGUUUCUAAAUUUAUCAGUACCUAAGUAAGAUGUAGUACUUUGAAUAUGAAAUCAUAAGUGAAGAAAUUGGUGA